AAUACAGAAUAUCAUCCAUCUAAAAUGUAACGGAGAAGCUUGCUCCAGUUGCUCAUAGAUGUCGGAGCUGUUCGUGUACAGAGUGUUACAUAUCUAGAAAAUCAAUGACAAAACUUUGGACAAAAUCUGACAUAAAUGUCAUGUGUCAGAAAUUUUCAAAUCCCACUAAUCGAAGGCUAGAAUUAGAAAAGAACGUUAAGCGUUGUGAAGUUAUAACUUUGAAUCAAGUCCACAGGUAUGUCCGAAACCGUUGAUUAUGAUGAUAGCUCAGAUGAAGAGGUAUGCUUUGGUGAGUACACUUUGAAAGAGGCUAAGCGAGAUUUAAGAAAAUAUAUUCCUCACAUUCCAAAUCGACGACAUACCACAUUCUUAAAAUCGAUGAAGCCGAAUACCUUAGCCAGUCCUGCAAAGGAUGUCCAGCAACUAAGCACUUGUCUGAAAGAAUGUCUUAAUAUAUCCACAACUCCUUCAGAUUAUGUUACUGCCGAUGAAUCUGUAUCCACUAACAAAGAAAUUUCUAAUGGUAAUUUUCUGAAGGAACUUGAAAGAAUAAUAAAUGAACCUUGCUCAAAAGAAUCUUCUUAUAAUACUGCACAUGAUCACGUCACUACAUCUAACUCUUUAACAGAAGAACUCCAUAAUACAAAUACGGAUUUGGAAUGCUUUCAAGAUGCAACAAGCAAUUUAGAUAAAAUUCAACUAACUUUAGUUGAAAAUACAAUAAGCCCUGAGAACGAUUCUAAUUUGGAUACAAGCACUGUUUCUAUUAGUUCAGGUGACCCUAAUGACAGCAUUAUUGUGUUAAGUGACGAUAGCAUAACUGAUGUGCCGUUGGAUAUUAAACAGGAGAGAUAUGAAAGAAACUCAGCUCUUUCCUGUGGUAGUUAUAGAGAGCAUUCCAGUUUCGAAGAUAAUGGAAUAGAUCAUACAAAAUCUUUAUAUGAUGAAAAUGAAGAUAGUGAAGCUUUUCAAAGUGAGGAUAAUAUUGGCAGCUCAGGUAAAGAGACCAAUAAUUUAUUAUCAAAUAUUCAUUUGUCAACAUAUACAUCAGCAAGCAAUAAAAAUAAUUAUAACUGGAAUGAGCUGAGUAAAAUUUCAGAAAAGGAGAGAUAUGAAAGAAACACAAGUCUUUCCCGUGGUAGUUAUAGAGAGCAUUCCAGUUCCGAAGAUAAUGGAAUAGAUCAUACAAAUUCUUUAUAUGAAGAAAAUGAAGAUAGUGAAGCUUUGGAAAGUGCGGAUAAUAUUGGAUGCUCAGUUAAAGAGACCAAUUUAUUAUCAAAUAUUCAUUUAUUACCGUAUACACCAUCAAGGAAUAAAAAUAAUUAUAACUGGAAUGUGCUGAGUAAAAUUUCAGAAAAAACUGAGCAGCCAACGUUUGCCUCUAUGCAUCCUUUACAGGAUUGCAGUUUAUCAGGUUUACAAGAAAUAUCUUAUUCAGAAUCAUCACAGGGUUCAAACGAUUAUAGCAACCUGCCAAAUAAAACAUCAAGCGAUGAAGGGUGUGAAAGUUCCCAACAUUUAAAUGAUUUUGAAAUACCCGAAAUAAAUUUAGAUCAAUUCAAUGAUUCUACUAAUUUUGAUGAUACUAUGGAAGAUAUAAACAGGUUUUUAGCUGAAGCACUUGAAAAGGACAAAGAGAAGGAGAGGUGUAAGGAAUUUUUGAGUGCAGAGAAAAUAACUAAAAUUCCAAAAUUACAACUAUCUGGGGCAAAAACUGUAACGAAAUAUAAACAUUCAGCUGAAGAUUUUAAGAAAAUAUCCCCUGCAGCGAAGAAACCCCUAUUUUCAAGUGCUGGGGUAAAGCCAAAACCAAAAGAUCUUUUUAAGGAGCCUACAAAACCAAUUAAAAAAGCUCUUACGCCGAUUAAAUCCAAAAAUAUGUUUUUAAAUGUUGUUAGCCCUGUAAGUGUCUAUAUUAAUAAUACACCAAAGUAUUCUCCAGUUGUAAAGAACAGAACAACAGUAAAGAAAAAUUAUGAAAUAGGAACGCCAGGAUCUGCCAGAAAAGAGAAUGUUCCCAUUAAAGUGUGUUCCAUAAAUGAUGAGAUACCGCCAGUAAUUUAUAAGCCAUCCAGUUAUGUUAAAAUGACAGAAGAGAAAGGCGUGAACUUGCCUGACAGCAUUAAAAAGCUUAUAAAAGUAACAACACUUACAAAACAUGCUGAGAAAAUAAUUCAAGACCCCAAUCAAUCUAUUGAAAGGAGACUGCUGGAGGAUGACCUUUCAGUUGAUAGUACUAAUCACGAUAUUUCUGUGGUUAUACAAAAACAGGCGUUUAAAAUUAAAAAGUAAUUUUCUUUUCAGUGUACAUUUUUCAUUUUAGAAUAAAUCGUGUUUGUAAGUUGUGAAUUUACUGUACUGUGUGUUAUUAGUAUAAGUAUUGUUUUUUUUUAUAUUAUUUAACUGUCUGUCUGUUAUUAUUUUAAUUAUAUCGGCUUUUUAUAAUGUAUUUUAAAAUAAAAGUCAAAUCAUUUACAAUGUAAAA